UUAUAUACAUAGCACCCAACAAUAUACACUCUCAUCCCAUCUGGCUUCCCGCCUAGAUUUAUUUGUUGAAUUGGCUCUCUUUUUGAAUUAUUUCAACAUUUUCAGCAGCUCCGAAAGCGCCGAUCAGAGCUCCAGACGUCGUUGCCUUUUCUCUCCGUUGUUAAUAUCAGGGUAAGAUGAGUCAGUGCCGGAGUUUUGGGAGCAAUUACCAUCCAAGUAGUCAACCUAAGAAGAUCUCUAUUGGGAUUGUGGUUGAUCAAUCUAUGAAAGCAAAGUUCAGUAAAGUACAGCAAGAUGAUGCUGCUGCAGCUUUUCCAGUCACACGAAAUCUUGGUUCUAGCAAAGUGGAUGCCACAGAAGAUAUGCACAACUAUGAAAAAGUCAAAAAUCCGACUAAAGAAAAACAAACUGACGUUGCAGUGCAGGAGACUUCCCCCUGGGCAAGCACUAGAUCCUUCCAGCAAAAUUUACCUUCUUCACAGGGAGUUUGUGAUGCGCACCAGGCUCCGAGCACUCUGUUCAAUCAAAGUCAGAGAUCUAAUAAUGGACCACAGACUGAUGAUGGAUUGCAGAAGAAGGUCAGCAUUGGUAUUCGUGCAAUCAAGGGACAGGGAGACGGUAGCUCUAACAGGGUUGAAGAAGUUCCAUUGACAACUGCACAAGAGAUUAAAGUUCCGGGUAAAGAAGUGGCGCAAGAGAAAGCUGAAAAUACAGAAAACAAGGCAAAUGAUACUUUACGGAUGAAGAUCUGGGAAGUCCUGGGAACCGUGUCCACACCAGCCAAGACAUUUUCACGCUCUCCGACUCUGAAGACUUGUACUGAUAAUCUAGAACCAGAACUGAACAGCAAUAAGAAAAAAUGUUCUAAUGUGAAGCCCAGACAGAAUUCUGAUACAAUUGAAAGUGAUUCUGAUAGUCUGAAUCACACCAUAAAAAGACCAGUGACACGCUCUUUAACCCGGAAAAGACCUACUAAAGUCCAGCAACGCAAAGCCAAAAUUACACCGUCAUCCAGUUAUAAACAUAGGAAGCCAGAAAAAAGCAUAUUCUCUUUCGAAGAAGGACGUUCCGGGAGAAUUAGUCCUGCUAUGGUUGGUGGUUCAUCUGUUUCCAAGAGUGAAAAGAAAAAGAGUUCAAGAGUUGAGCCACGCAAAUUGCAAUUUUCAAAACUGGACAAUGCAGAUGAGAUUUGUCAAGUAACUGAUAGUAGCAAGACGAAAUUUCAUGUCGAGGGUUCGCCUGGAUUUAAAAAUGGUGCGGGUGGAUUUUUUGGUUUCUUGAAGGCAAACAGAGAUACUUGUCAAUACCCAAUCAAGAAUAGGGAUGAUACUCUGGGUAUUAACAGUGAAACUGUAUUUCCAAAGAAUAUGGAUGAAGAAGAUGUGGUUGAUCCAACUGUAAAGACCAUCAUAGAGCCGCAGUUUGAUUUCAACACUCCUUUGCUAGGAACGAAUCCUCCUACAGAAACCUAUAUUUGUGGCUCCCCACCAAAAAGUAACAAUGAAAAACAGGAGGAUGUUUACAGUCCCGUGAAGGGAGUCAAGGGGGUACUUAACAUGGAACACAUCCGGAGCUUUAAGGGUUUCUUUGCUUCAACGCUGAACAGUGACAAAAAGAACAAAGAAACAGAAACACUUGAUGAAGUAGUGCAUGAAGAAUCUCCUGUUGAGAAGUCACUUCCCAACCUGCAAGUAAACAAUACAGUAAGCAGCCCAUCUACAUCAUCAUCUGAAGAAGAUGGUUCUGAAAGCUCUGAUAGUUCAUCUACUGAAGGUCCUAGUGAAGCUGAACCACCAGAAAUUGUUACAGCUCGGGAACCAGAAAUUUUAUUCCGUCAAACUAAGAGGUGCCGUAUUAGUGAGGCUGCUGAUGCUAUCACAUACAGUCCCUCCACAACCCCUCCACAGGCGUCUGGAAAAUUCCAUGGGCUUCCGUCUGAACUGAAUGAAGAUAAUGGUCUUGCUAGAGCUGUAUCUUUGUUUGCAAUGGUUUUGGAAAGAGUGAAAAGCAAAAUGAAUUCGGCGGCUAGCAAAAGAUCUGCUGAAAUUUUGACAUCUGUUGCCAUGGAAAUGCAGCUACAGUUGCAGAAUGCUGAAUCACAGAUUCAAAAAGAUGUGGGGAAGCUGAUUGGCAUUGGUAAAACAAAAAGGAGACGUCUAGAGACUACAUUUACAGAGCAACAAGGAAAACUCAAGGACAUAUAUGCAAGGUUCAAAAAUGAGGUUAAUGUGCAUCUUCAGGAUUGCAAAAGUACUCUUGAAGGGCUGGAAUUACAGCAGACAGAGUUUAAAGACAUCAUUGAGGAACAAAAUGCAUCACACGGCAAACUUCUGUUGCAAGCAGAAGAAGCAAUUUACACCCGACUCAAUGAUGCUGAACAGAAAGUAAAAACCAUUCAAAAGUCGGCAAGGCAAAAGAUGCUUCAACUGAAAUAUGUCAUAGCAGAGUGUCUCAAAGAGGAUGCCAUCUACUAAUGUGACCACCGAGGAAGAUGGUGAAGGGUCCUGAAUAUAUUAGUUAACUCUGAGAGCUAUUGUAUAGUUAAUGUAAUAGCUUUAUAAUGUAAUAAGAGUGUUUAUCAUGUCUUGGAGUUAAGAUAACAGAGGAAGUGGUCAUCAAGGAUGGAUAGCUUCUUACUUGUGAUUAUUUGGUUACAACUUCCUGGAUAUUCUACAUGUAGUACUCACAUCACUAAGUUUGAGCAAUUUAGCAGGUUUAUAUUAUUCCUUUUAUCA